UACCAGCAGCUGCUCUUAGCCUAGCCCGAGCAUUUCUUGGAGCUGGAGCUCCUCUCCUUUGCCUCUGUUCUUCAUUUGGUGCUUCUUGCUCUUCUAUAAAUUUUUAAAAACAAAUUGGCAACAAGUUUGAAUUUAAUAAAUAAUAACACAUGAUUAAAGUAAUACCAUCUGAGCUUUUGGAACGUUCCCUUAAUACAAAAAAUAUUAACACAAUUAUAAUUAUUCCAGAUGCAAGAGCUAAUAAAAUUGAUAAAUCCAUUGAGAAAAUCUAGCUACCCAGUUGACAACACUAAACAAUAAUGUUAACUUAUCACAUUGAAGAACCUCCCCGAUGAAGGUUAUGUGUCUGCUACUGGAUUAACCUUUCUUGACGUAGCUAAAGGUUACGUGUACAGAGAUUUAGAGCUCUGUUGAAUUUGAACUCAUUUCAAAAUGUAUAAUGUUAUAAGCAGUAUUUCUUUAUUUGUAUUAAUAUUUCCAUUUACUUCGGGACUAUAUUUUCAUAUUGGUGAGACUGAAAGAAAAUGUUUUAUUGAAGAAGUACCUGAUGAAACUACUGUUCUAGUGAACUACAGAGUUGAACUUCAUGAUCCCAGAACUGGAGGAUUUAUGAAAUCAAGUUCAGGCAUUGGUAUGCAUGUGGAAGUGAAAGAUCCAGAUAUGAAAACCAUCUUAUCUAGAGUAUACAGCUCUGAAGGUAGGAUAUCUUUUACAUCCCAUGUUCCUGGUGAACAUGUUAUUUGUUUGUACUCAAAUAGUACUAAAUGGAUUGGGGGCACUCAACUGAGGGUGCAUCUAAAUAUACAAGUUGGUGAACAUACUAUUGAUUAUGCCAAUGUUGCACAGAAAGAAAAGCUUAGUGAUCUUCAACUCCGAAUGAGACAGUUGUUGGAUCAAGUGGAAGCCAUUACCAAAGAGCAGAACUAUCAGAGGUAUCGUGAAGAAAGGUUCAGACAAACUUCCGAAAGUACUAAUCAGAGAGUGUUCUGGUGGUCCAUAACACAGUUGAUCAUUCUUAUUGGCAUGGGUACCUGGCAAAUGAGGCAUCUUAAGAGUUUCUUCGAAGCUAAAAAAUUGAAAUUUUUCAUGGGACAAGUUGAAAUUAUCUAAUUGUUAACGAAAACAAACAUUUGUUUUUUUAAAUUAAAUAAAAAAUUUCAGUUUCAACUUUUCAUAUUUCUUUUAAUAUUAUAAUCUAAUUCAGUUAUUUAUUUUCUAAGCCACCUUUAUUUGUUUAUGAAAAUAUGUAUUUAUUUAUUUCUUCAAACUUGAAUUUGUUCCACUUAAUUAUUUCUGUAACAUUUGAGUUUACUUUAAAAAACUGCCUCUGUUCUUUUAUUUAUUUCUUCACAUUUAAAAUUAAUUUCUUUCAGUUAGUUUCUUGUUUGUUUUUAUUAAAAUACUUUUUUCUUAUGUGUCGGAUAAACAGUUAUUUUAAGAACCCUAUUCGUCCCUCUGAGAAUAUGUACAAAUGACUUUUACUAAAUAACAUUUAUGAAAUAUUUGGCUGAUUAAAUAAUGUUAGCAAUGGAACAUAUUAAUGCUUCUAGUAAUGAGCUCCUUAAGAUUUUAUAUUUAAAAAUUAGUAAUUACAAAAGCCAAGGGAUAUUUUUCCCCAUGUUAUCAAAAUAUAAUGAAUAACUAUUUCAUAGAAUAGUAAGUUAUAAUGAGGUAUACUGUAACAAGAACGUUUGUUCUUUGAGAGGUGUCACUAAUGAUGAUGUUAUGUUGGUUUGAUGUACUUUUUUUCUAUUGUAUAUAUAUAGAGAUGUUUAUGUAUCUAUUAUUAAAUUAUAAUUGUAAAAUUCAUAUUAAUUAAAGCAUAAUUGUUUAAAUAUCAAAUUUUCAAUUGUAUAUAACUUUUUGAUAUAUAUCGGUUAUUUCUGUGCCUGAUAAUUAACAGGGUUAAUUUCUGAAACUAUAUCUACUAGAAGAGUCAAUCCUUUAAUAUGGAUGAAUAUAUGUAGAUAUUCACCAUAUUGCAGAAGUACAUCUUAAAAUUGUUAGUUUUGAAAAUAGUCUCUUUUAAUUUUCAGGCACUAAAUUAUUCAGUACAAUGGUGUUAUUAUGGGUAUAUUUGAUGGAUCUAAUUUAAUUUUUUUAAAUUAUUACUGCAUUGAUUGAAUGAAAAAAUGUCAAUAUAAUAAAAGGCCUUUGAAAAGUUAUAUUGUAUCAUUCAAAUGUAUGAAUGUGUCUGGCGACAUUUAAUUUUUAGUAUUUAAGCAAUUUUGUACCUUAAUUUAAAAAUUGCAGUUCUGUGUAAAGACCUUUUCUGUUUUGUAUUAAUUAUUAUUUCUAUAAAGUUUUUUUGUUUUGUUUUUUAUUAAUGAUUACUUUUCAUUAUUUUUAGGGAAAAAAAAAAAAAAAUAUAUAUAUAUAUAUAUAUAUAUAUAUAAUAUAUGUUUAAAAGUGAACUUUACAUAUUAUUUAGAGUACAACAGGGGUGCCCAAGCUCGAUGUCGCAUGAACAUAUCUCCCCUCCGCUCCCAAUAUAUUUGAUUGUUCAUCUUUUCUUAAAGACAGAAAAAUGAAGGUAUAAUUGAAAAAAUUGCAGAUCAUAUACAAUACAUUUGCUGUGGUAUGUUCAAUGUUUUCUCCUUGUCCCUUUGUAUAAAACUUAUCAUUCCGAAAAUUCAUAACCCAUCAAAAAUUUGUAUGGCACAAGUUGCGCCACCAAACCCCGUUCCGGUCAUCCCUGGAGUACAAUAAGAUAUAGAUAUAAAUAUUUAGAAAUAAAAUGAUAUUGACCAACAAGAGCAAGUAUUUUAAAUGGAUAGGAGAGGAAAUGAAUCUUUUUACCCUAUUCUCUCUUAUACAAUCAGAACUCAUAUUGGAAAUGUGGGUUUGAUAUUCGAUUUUCAAAGUAGUUUACUUCAACAAUCUUAAAUCCUUUUUUAACUUUAGACUCCCAGAGAUUGUAGAAGAACCUAGUUUUCAUAAUUCAAUUAAAAAUGUUUUUAGUAAACAAUAUAGACCUAUAUUCAUAUUAGUAAAAUAUGUACAUUUUGAUCCAAGGAAUAAUUUUUACUAAAUAGCUCUGGAGAUUUAAGUGACAUCCUGCCCACAUAUAUACGUGUUUAUGCAAGGGUCUGUGACAAAAAUAAAAAUUUUAUGGUCUGGGGUUCCUUGGCUUCAUAGCAAUUGGAUGUGGAGGUAAUGUGUAAUAUUCCAACAAACACAAUGGCAUGAGAAAACAUGAAAUAGUUUGGUCUUAUAGGUAAAAGACCACCUCAUUGGUCAUUCGCAAUAAAUUAUUAAGGCUUGGGUGGGAAUUUUUGCUCCACUCCCUAUUCACCAGACCUGACUCCAAGUGACUACCACUUAUUCUGGUCUCUGCAAAAUUCCAUGAAUGGAAAGAAAUUCCAAAAGGAAGAGGACAUCAAAAACCACUUGGAUCAGUUUUUUUAACAACAAACAGCAGACAUUCUCUGAGCAUGGCAUUAUGCAGUUAAUGGAAAGAUGGGAAAAAGUCAUAUUAAAUAAUGGUCAAUAUAUUGUUGAUUAAAAUAAAUUUUAUGUCUAUAAUACAUUAAGUUUUAUUUCAUCCUGAAAAACCAAAAGAACUUAUUUGCCAACCCAAUAUUUAAAGAAAUACUAAU